AUGGUGGUAGACGUUGCGACAGAGGAUGAUGUUCUCUGGACGGUCCGAUACUGUAUCCACAACUCCAUACCAUUCCUGGCGCAAAACGGCGGCAAUGCCUGGUCCACAACCUUCCAUCUUCCUCGUCAAACCUCUGCUUUUAUCGGUAGAAUCUCUCCAAACGACACAUAUUCCGCCGUUGUCAACACCACCGCUUCCAAUUCAACCAACAUCCUCACAGCGCAGCUUCCCUCUUCCAUCCUCAUCAACCUUCGCAACCUCAACAACAUCUCCUUCUCCCUCCCGCCUGUCAUAACCACCUACAAUACCACCUCCACCAACGCGACCGUCACAAUCGGCGGGGGCGUCCUCAUCUCCGAUCUCGUCACAGCCGCCCACGCGCACAGCGUCCAGAUCCAGACCGGAAACUGCAACUGCGUCGGCAUGCUCGGCGCCCUCCUCGGCGGAGGCUACAGCCGCUUCCAAGGCCUAUACGGACUAGGCGUCGACAACAUCCUCUCCGUGAACAUGAUCACCGCAGCCGGCGAGCUCUUAACCAUUGGCGCGAAAGAAGAAGAGGAAGAGGGCUCGAUACAAGGCAAAAGCAAGAACGACGCAGACACAGGCACAGACGACGACACGACCGCAAAAGAAGAUCUUUGGUGGGCAAUCCGCGGCGCGGGCCCCAACUUCGGCAUCAUCACCAGCGCGACCCUCAAAGCUUACCCGAUGCCUGACAAAUCCAAGAGCGGCGCCUGGCUAGCCACGCUCCUCUUCGACGAAUCCAAACUCGAACAACUCGUGAGCGCGAUGGAAGCGCUCGACCUCGGCGCCCACAUGGCUAUAUUCCUCUACUUCUUCGCCCCGCUCCCCGACUGCACCCCCUCUAUCGUCGCCGAGCUCUUCUACGCUAACACCGACGCCCUUACCGCCCGUGCCGCUUUCCGCAGUAUUUAUGAUGUUGGUGGGUGGAGGGAAGAUGCCGCUUCUACUGGUUUCAAGGAGUAUGAUAAGGUGAAUGAGGGGAGUGAGAUGUUUUGCGCUAAGGAUGGCGCGAGGAAACCGACGUAUGGGGCGGGAUUGGCGCAUGUUUCCCCCGUUGCCAUGCGCGCGAUUUGGGAGGAGUAUAAGGCUUUUUUGAAGGUGGGGGGAAUGGGACGGAGAAAAGUGCGGUGUUGGUGGAGAAAUAUCCCAUGGACGCCGUCUUGCGCGUGCCCGAUGCAGAGACGGCCUAUCCGUGGAGGAGCAGGUUGA